CAUCUAAAGAACAAAAAAUAUUCAGAAGAACUAUUCUAGUGUUCAUCAUCUUUCCUGGAUUUUCUUACAUCCCUCUCAAUUGUCAGACUGAAACUCUCUCUUCUUUCUAGAUUGGUUUCGCUGUCGCCGACUCGCUGUCACAGGUGCGGGCAACCGGUUUUCCUUCUUGUUUUUGGGUUAGUGGAUCAAGGAUAUGAAAGCCGAGCUUGCUUUGCUCUGUGUCGCCAAGGUGUCUUUGUUUACUUUGAUGGGUUGCUUUCUUUCUGAAUUGAUUUUAGUGGUUCAUGGAUUCUGACCUAUUUCUUGUUCUGUGAAAAGGGGUUUUUGUUUUUGGGUCGGUUGAGUGUGCGUGUGGUGUUUUGCUCUGUUUAAUCUUUGUCUGAAGGUGAGUCUUGGGUGCUGCUAUUCUUCGAUUCCUUCUAUGUUCUCUUUUUCUCUUCAUGUUAUUUGGUGUAAUACUUUCGAUGACUCUUUGGGUUGUUUUGUUGUUUCUAAAGUUUUAGUUUUUAUUGAAAUUUACAUGCCAAUGAGAGUAAUGACAGAUCAGAUUUCAAAAACUAGCAAUGACAUAUCAGAGUUCAAAUGUACAGUGUUUUUGGUUAAAAAGUGAUUUUAAAACUGAAUUUUUGGUUUAAAAUAGGGCUUGUUUGGGUGUAAGAGAAAAUGGAGAAGCAGGGCACUUUCUCAUACUCAUCAGCAUGAAGAUGGGUUUGAGGUUGUUGUUGUUGGUCAAAGCUGAUGUAAGAAUCCAUUAAUACUGGAAGAGAUGAAGAGCCUGUGUCAUCAUAGCAGCUUCUCAUGCUAUUAGAUUUGCCACCAACUUCUCUAUUCUUGUAGAACACCCUACACAACACCUAAUCUUCCUGUAUGGACAGAAAAAAGAGUUAAUUAGAUGCUAUCAUAGUUAAUUUGAACCUAUGACUAUGCUUCAGAAAAUGGCCAAGUUGAUGGAGUACUCCCACUUGCUUGAUAAAGUAGAUGAGUGUGAGGAUCCAUACAUGCGGCUUGUGUAUGCAUUGCUUUGGUGUAUUUGGUUUGAAAGGAAUUCUAGGUUUUUGCAGAUAAUCUCAGAAAGGAAGGUAAGGCCGUUAGAGUCGGUUCAUUCGUUUCAUGGGAACUUUUCAACGAGCAAUCGGAAGCAUACAAGGAGAGUGUUCUCCCUGCUGCUGUUUCAGCUCAUGUUUAGCAUUGAGCAUGGAUCAACAUUUGGGUGGGAGAGAAUCAUUGGAAGCAAUAGGCAUUGAUCGAUUCGGAGCUAGUGCUCCAGCAGAAAAAAUAUACAAAGAGUUUGGCAUCACAAAGGAAGCUGUUAUUGCUGCAGCAAAAUCACUUAUCUAAGAUGUAUUAGUUUCUUUAUUUUUGUUUCUGCCUUGGUUUGAGUUGAUGAUUACAUUUAGAGGGAAAUUUGCAUGAGGCAUGUUUAAAGGGAAUUCCUUCACUUGAAUAAGGAAUAGGUUAGGUUACAGUUGUUUGUGAUUCUCAUUUGAGUUUCUUAGAUCAAAGUAGGAGAUGAAAGUUUUAUGAACUUGUAAGAACACUUUGAACAGUUGAAUUAUGCAUUUGCCACACGGUAAAAGUCAAAUAUUCUCAUUGAAUAACAUUCAUGGUGGUUCAUCUUGUUC